UUGAUCCAUGAAAACCCGUGCAGUAAGCUUGAAAUUCAAUUCAAUCUUCUUUUUCAGUGUGCCUGCCACUGUUUCAUUUUCUAUCAAACCUUCCAUUGCCACAUGUUAGCCAAAUCAAUAGCCAUCCUGGGCACGUUGUUCCUUGCUCAUGCUGCUUAUUCAACUUAUGAACAUCUCGCGUACUUGAAGGCCGUCGACCGGUCAUCUUCCGACAUUCCCAUCGAAAUUGUAGUGGAGUGUUUAUUGGCUGCUUUCGUGGCACUGGUGGGCGUCAUUCUCAACGCAGACAACUUCAAAAACGUGCUUAUGGAAGUCGAAAUUGCCAAAUUAACUAUUGACAAAAUCGACACCCGGCCAUCCUUUACCACCUUCAACCACCGCAAAAUCGUAUCCACCCAUACGCAGCUCGACAGAAGAUUAUAGCUACUUUUGAACUCUCUCUCUCCUUCAAAUGUCGCUAAUAAAAUGGGGAGGAUAGUUUGACGGAGCC